GUGAAUUCAUGUAUUUUUACUGAUUUCGUAAAAGAGAUAUUUGGAUGGUGGAUUAACAAGAACAUUAAAAUUUUGUGAGAAGUUUCCAGUUGGAGAUUAUUGAAUUUUCACCCUAGUCCAGCAGCUUUGCUGCUCGCUUAAAUCCAGAUGAAUGAAGACCCCAUUCGGAAAGACGCCUGGCCAGCGGUCCAGAGCUGAUGCAGGACAUGCUGGUGUGUCUGCAAACAUGAUGAAGAAAAGGACUUCUCACAAAAAACAUCGGAGCAAUGUGGGGCCCAGCAAACCAGUUUCCCAGCCCCGGCGAAACAUCGUCGGCUGCAGAAUUCAGCAUGGGUGGAAAGAAGGGAAUGGACCCGUUACACAGUGGAAAGGAACAGUUCUGGAUCAGGUUCCUGUAAAUCCUUCAUUGUAUCUUAUAAAAUACGAUGGAUUUGACUGUGUCUAUGGACUAGAACUUAAUAAAGAUGAAAGAGUUUCUGCACUUGAAGUCCUCCCUGAUAGAGUUGCAACAUCUCGAAUCAGUGACGCACACUUAGCAGACACAAUGAUUGGCAAAGCUGUGGAACAUAUGUUUGAGACGGAGGAUGGUUCUAAAGAUGAAUGGAGGGGAAUGGUCUUAGCACGCGCACCUAUAAUGAACACAUGGUUUUACAUUACCUAUGAGAAAGAUCCUGUCUUAUACAUGUACCAGCUUUUAGAUGACUAUAAAGAAGGCGAUCUUCGCAUCAUGCCUGAUUCUAAUGAUUCCCCUCCAGCAGAAAGGGAGCCUGGAGAAGUUGUGGACAGCCUUGUAGGCAAACAAGUGGAAUAUGCCAAAGAAGAUGGCUCCAAAAGGACUGGCAUGGUCAUUCAUCAAGUAGAAGCCAAACCAUCUGUCUAUUUCAUCAAGUUUGAUGAUGAUUUCCAUAUUUAUGUCUACGAUUUGGUGAAAACAUCCUAGAUGGCAUCUCGAACUUUGCCAAAUUUGUGGAACUAUUAAAUGUAUAAUUUGUAGACAUAAAGACUUACUUGCUUUCCACUUUAAUGAAAGCUUAAAUGUUCCUGCGAACCCACAAUCUCUGCCAGCAAACUGUUUUGUUCUGAAUAGUACAGAUUUAUGUGAACACAAAGCAUUUUCUGUAAGGAACUCCUUCCUCUUAAAAAGAAGUCUAUUUCAUUGAAGAGGAAUGACAGGCAAAUUUGGUAAAAGUUAAGCUAAUACCAUAGUCAUAAAAAACUGUAAUAGAUCUUAACCAUUUCCCCUUUCACCGUAAUUCUCUUAUCUGCUGCCACAAUGCAAGUGUACUUUGGUAAAUUUUGUUCUUGCCUUUUUGAAAUAUAUCUAUACCUAGUUAUCUGUGUGUAUACAUAGUAUGUAUUUAUACACAUAGAUUUAUGUA